GCACCCGCGGCCGCGCUCCCUCCUGCCCGCCCGGCUCCGCACCCGCGGCCGGCUCCGCCGCGCCCCGCGGGAAGGUUAUGAAGGAAGAAUGGAGUUUCCAGACCAUAGCCGCCAGUUGCUGCAGUGUCUGAGUCAGCAGCGUCACCAGGGCUUCCUGUGUGACUGUACUGUUUUAGUUGGAGAAGCUCAAUUCAGAGCUCACAGAGCCGUUCUUGCCUCUUGCAGUAUGUACUUCCAUCUUUUCUACAGGGACCAGUUAGACAAAAGGGAUAUUGUGCAUCUGAACAGUGACAUUGUCACAGCCCCUGCCUUCAGCCUGCUGCUCGAAUUCAUGUACGAGGGAAAGCUGGAAUUCAACAGUCUCCCAGUUGAAGAUGUGCUGGCAGCAGCUAGCUACCUUCACAUGUAUGACAUUGUGAAAGUCUGCAAGGGCAAGUUGAAAGAUAAAGAAUUAUGCUCGGAAGAGAAGAUUAAUGAUGAGGCGACUAGUUUGGAGAAAGCAGAGCAUUUUCUAGAUGCUGGAGUGCCCCUGGUCCACGAGUUUGACCCAGGAAACAAACAAAAAUUCAGCGUUGCAGAAUACGAGAGAGCAGCAGGCAAAGAAAAGGUCAGCAGUCACCCCGCCUGGCCCUCUGAUCAUAUAAGUGUCAGCUCUGUGCCGACAGAGGCAGAACCGUGCGCCGCAGCAGCUGGAAAAACAAAGGCUAAUGUCAAUAGUUCCACAGGACCUUUGUCCCAAAGGUCUGUUAACCAUCCCCUGGCCUCGAGUGAUGUGGACUGUGCGCUGGAUUUGUCUUUCAAGCCUGUGCCGGGGAGAGAUUCCUUACACCCCUCCUAUGUCUUUGGACAGCUGGCUUCCGACAGCCAGCAGCAGGGUACCGAGCCACUUGUUAAAGAUGAACAAGACUUGCUGUCAGAUCAGGAGGACAGCGAAGCCAGGAGUCCGGAGAGUCAGCAUUUUGGGAAUUCAGCCAAAAGCCUAGUGACAGGGUUAGGACACAUGUUCGCGGGGAAUGGCAGCUCUCAUGCCCGAGAGGAGGAUAUAGAUCAAGAGCGAGAUGAGAGUGAGGACGACAUGGAUUCCUCAGACAUCUCCUCGGGUGUCCUCGUGCCUCCUGGGCAUAUCUGCAUUUGUCCCCUCUGUAGCAAGGUGUUCCCGAGCCCGCACAUCCUUCAGCUGCACCUGAGCUCUCACUUCCGUGACAAGGAUGGCUCCCGGACCCGCCUGUCCCCUGAUGGGUCAGUCCCCACUUGUACCCUCUGUGGAAAGACUUUUUCUUGCAUGUACACCUUAAAGAGGCACGAGAGGACUCACUCGGGGGAAAAGCCCUACACCUGUGGCCAGUGCGGAAAGAGCUUCCAGUAUUCCCACAACCUCAGCCGCCACGCAGUUGUGCACACCAGGGAGAAGCCCCACGGGUGCAAGUGGUGCGAGAGACGGUUCACGCAGUCUGGGGAUUUGUACAGACAUAUCCGCAAAUUUCAUUGUGGCCUUGUAAAGUCCUUGGUUGUUUGAGACAUAUGUUUUGGGUUUUUUUUUUUUUUUUUUUUUUAAUAGUUUCUUCCUCCGCCUCCCUCCCCCCCCCUUUAAAACAGGAAAAAAAAGGCAGCAUCUGAAUUGUAAUUCCCC